AUGGCCAAGACCAGAGAGCUGUGUAAGGACAUCAGGGAUACAAUUGUAGACCUGCACAAGGCUGGGAUGGGCUACAGGACAAUAGGCAAGCAACUUGUCUGUGUUGGUUUUACAGAGAGAAGACUCUGCCAGGUGCUUCUCCUCAGCUUUGGGCUGCUGUGCGUCAUACAAGCCAUUCUCAAUGUUUCUCUACGCCUGACAGUAUACUCUACCCAUUCGGACUGCAACGCAACUAAUUUUAGUUACCAAGACCAGGUGAAGAAAGUGCAGAAGGAUUGUGAAGGAGAGCCACCUGGUCAGUGCAAUGGAUUACAAGAACGAUUCAACGCUUUGACGCAAGACACAAACCUGCUGAAAAACAGAAACACUGAGCUAACCAACAAGAUCAAGGACCUGGAGGAGGAGAGGGACAGGCUGAGGACUAAUCUGGAGACCGAUGUUGAGGCUGGUUUCAAAACCCUGACUAAGGAGAGAGAUGAUCUGAAGAGGAAGCUGAAUAACUUAGCUCAAGAAAGAUGGGAGUAUUUCAGCGGUAGUUUCUACUACAUUUCUUCUAUCAAGAAAACCUGGCAAGAGAGUAGAGAUGACUGUCUUCAAAAGGGUGCAGACCUGGUGAUUAUCAACAGCAAAGAAGAACAGAAUUUCACAACAAAAUUUAAGAAGAUCAUGUGGAUUGGCCUGACUGACUCAGAGACAGAGGGGACGUGGAAAUGGGUGGAUGGGACUCCACUGACCAAAAGCUACUGGGAUUCUGGGGAGCCUAACGAUGAGAACGGUGAAGACUGUGUGGAAAUAAAGAAUUUUGAUUCAGAAAACAGCUGGAAUGAUCUAAGCUGUUCCGCUCCACUCAACUGGAUCUGUGAAAUGAAAGACUGUCCAUAACUCUGCAACCAAACCCACCAGACAGAAAACUCAGGACGAUAAAUAUAUUGUUGAUACAAUUUAAAUCUUC